ACCGGGAUCGUGAAGCAGCUGUUUUGUUUUGAUUCUGUCUUGUGUGAUUCGCCUUGCGUUGCGUGGCGUAACAACUUUGAAAUCGCCACAGCACCGUAAAAAUCUCUACCAAAAUCCGGUUUCAAAGGAUGAAGUUUCUGUAGAACCCAUAGUCAAAAAGUGCCGCGCCAUGUUGUGUCCGGUUUUGGUUCGAGUUGUGUCCCGAAGGAUUUGCAUACCUUUCGUUGGUCGUCUUAAAAGUGUCGGUCAUAGAUCCCUGCUGCACUCCUCGGCAACUGUGGGUGCUAAGAAGUUCUCCGACACGGAGAAUGAUUUUGCCCAUGGCAUUUUGUUGCAGCUUGUGCCCUCCACAAUUGGAGUACAUUCACUCGCACAGCGACCAGCGAUCGAUGGAAAGAUUCUGGACAUGGCGGAGGUUGGGAACUGGGAGUCGCUCACGACGCGGGACUUGCUGGAUUGGUUCCACAGGGUGGCGGACGAUUGCAAGCAGGAUGGUGUAUGCAUAUCGGAUGAAGGCUACGACGGGUUCGUGGAGGCUAUGGUUGAUCGAAUGCAAAGCUUAACCGACGAGGAGGUGGUGGAAGCUCUUGGUCUGCUGGCGCGCAUUGGGCCAGAAGCACACGCAGUCGAUAUGAGAAAUUACGUCCAGCUGUGGAAUGCGGCGGACAGGGUUUGUCUCGGUCGAGUCCACCGUUGGGAUACACAAAAACUUCUGUUCAUGGCGGAUCAGUGGUACCCGAUGCGGGUGGCCAAGGUGGGCAAAUUUGUCGGAAAGGCGAUGUGGAAAAUAAGCUCUAAGUUGAAGAAACUUCCAAGAGAUCAAUUGGUUAAGACGGUAUUUUAUAUCAACCUAACACGAACUCCAGUGGAAAACAUGAUCGACAUUGAGUUCAAUUUAAAAAGGAACUUUUUCGAUUUUGAGAUUGACGACAUUUCGAUACUUUGCAUGGGUUUCUUCAAAACGGAGACUCCCAUCCGAAGCUUCGAGCUGAUCGAAAGGAUAUUUCAGUUAACCAUUCAUCACUCGAAAGACAUCCAGGACAUCAGUUUGACGGCUAUUUUAAAACUACUUCGGUACUCUUCAAGGAUUCCUCAAGCGGCGUCUAUGGAGCGGUUGCUGUCGGCGCUGGUACCGGAGAUCCCGAGGUUGUCACAUUUUUCUUGCUUGCAUAUAGCUCUGCUUGGAUCUGAUAUCCAACUGUGCCACCAACCGAGCCUGGAGGCUAUCAUUGAACGCUUCACCAAAGAUAUUAAAGAGUUGCGAUUGAAAGACAUGGAACGAAUUGCAUUCAUAAUUGGACAUUGCAACAUGACCAUGGCGGACAAAAAGGAUGUGAAACUUUUGAAUGCCAUCGUUGAGGAAUUGCCCAAUCGGAUCCCAGAGAUAACCCAAUAUCCAAAGUGCUAUCUGACUCUGUUGAAUUUCCUGUCGCUUAAAGACGUUUACAAUGAACAACUGAUUGCGGCUGCCUUUGAGAAGCGUUUCCUUUUCAUGACGUACGGCCGUAACGUUGCAGGGGCUGGUCGGGAAGUGAUAUCUUUGGAUGCUUUCCUUAGAAUAAAUUUGAAGAAUUCAAACUACUCCGGUAAUUACUUCCCGGAAAAGCCAUUCAAGGUGGUCGCCAAGUUGACCCAAGAUUACGUCCCUAGUUUGGAACACCGGCUGACCAAGUCUGAUCGGAUACUGCUUGAAAUCCAAAAUGCCUUCCAAAAGCGGCACAAGUUCGCGCACAUUAUCCACCUGCUGCCGCACUUCCAACGACCGGAUGUUCUACUGCUGUGGGACGACGACCAGAGGCAGUUCCUAGAUGUGGCCGCACUAUGUCCGAAACAGUACUCUGGCGAUAUUCUAAGCAGGGAGUAUCUACUGAAGGACGAUGCCGAGCGAAAAAGCCUAAGGCUGAUUGCCGUCGUGGCGGGAGGAUGGAAUUGCUACAUACGGGACCAGAAUCGAGAGACGGGUGGAUUUGCUAUGAAGUUGAAGCAACUUGGGCUGAUCGGAGUGGAGACUUUGGUGAUUCCGUGGCAUAAUUGGCCUUUCGAAUUGGAAGCAAAAGAAAAGUUCCUCUUUGAUAGGCUGAACCCAAUGUUAGACAAACGAUGAGCUGGUCAGAUAACACCUUUCUCGUCUACAAAGGUAGACUGAUCGCCGAUGGAUCAGUGAUCGGAGUGCUAGUGGCAAAACUCCAACGAGGCCUGAAUGUCCCCAUCAGCUGAAAGAUCUGCAUCAACGCGGCGAAGACCCAGGUCAUCAUUUUUCCACACUGUCAAUCCCCUAAACAUGUUCCGCCUGAGAGAGGACUGUAACAUCAUCAUCAAUUGCACGACUGUGGAAUGGGUCGUUGAGGCCGAAAACUUUGGUGUUACCCUCGACAGCAAGCUUUGUUUUCGGUAAUAGGUUAACAAGAUGGUGACAAAGUGCCCAUCAGCAGCACAGUAAUCGAAUGGACCAAAUACAAACCGACGCAUCGAGACGUUACUCAAUGAUGAACUAUCGCCGUUCCGGCCAUGGAACUCGGAACUGUGAACGCUCGACGCACCCGGGGUGGUGAUGCCAACUGUACGGACAAGCAGUAAGGGAGCCGCUAUCAAAAACCGUCCAUACCGGAGCCAUUCUUUGCCGCUCGAUAAUAGAUCCAGCAAAACCCAACAACCCCCCCCCCCCCUGGGUUGCAAACUGCCGCAGCCUUGAUCCCUUCCGAAGUCACAAGUAAAACAACUAAAACAGUCUGGUGUGCUCAAGCUAUAACAGGAGACACAAAUCGAUAAGUUUUUGCAUUGAUUCGGGAUGAGUGAUAACAAACGCCAAAUUAACACCAAUGGAUAGAGGCUUACUGACCCGC